AUGGCGCCGAAAAAAGCUACCUCGAAGGAGGUGUGGACCGAUUUCAAUAACGGCGGUGGCUGGCCGACGCAAGCUCUCUCCGUUUUCGUUGGCCUGAUUGGCAGCGUUUUUGCUAACAACGGUACCGACUGCGCUGUGCAUAUGGCUGAAGAGAUCACCGGUGCUGACUUUGCUGUACCUUGGUGCGUGGUUGCGACGUCAGUCCUGAAUGGUGUUCUUGGCCUCGGUACCCUCCUUGCUAUGCUUUACGUCACCGUCGACAUUACCGCCGUUCUCGACAGCCCGACUGGUAAACUUGGAUUCCCUUUCAUGCAGGUGGUCCUAGACUCAGUGGGCUCUUAUUCCGGCGCGACCGUUAUGAUAAGCAUUGUCAUUGCUAUGUUUGUUUUUGCCGUCAUCGCCUUCCUGGCAACAGCAUCCCGCAUCGUCUUCGCCUUUGGCCGAGACAAGGGCCUUCCCUACUGGAAACUCAUGUCAACGGUGCACUCCACGACCGCAAUCCCGCUUUACGCUAUCUAUGUCAUGGCUGGUGUCGCCUGCUUCGUCGGCAUCAUCAAUCUAGGCUCCGCCACGGCAUUCAACAUUAUCCUUUCUAUCGGUAUUUCCUCCCUCUAUUCCUCCUACACCAUUACAGAGGCUCUCCUGCUCUGGCGCCGUAUCCGUGGCGAUAUUCGAAGACCCAGCGAGAUGAGUGGUGAGGUCUGGAAAGCCAACGAGCUUGUAUGGGGACCCUUCCAUAUCCCUGGAAUCUGGGGCAUUAUGCUCAACGCUUGGGCGGUCUGUUACGGUACCAUUGUUAUCAUCUUCUGCUUCUUUCCAGCAGAAGUGAAUCCGGAUCCGGCGCAUAUGAACUGGGCGUGCUUGAUCACAGCUGCCGUCAUCUUCUUUGCUGUUGCUUAUUACCUGCUCUAUGCUAAGAAGGUGUACAAAGGACCCGUGGUUGAAAUCGCGCCCUUUCAGCUAUCAACGACAUAG